AUGGCGGGCAAUACGAUCGUCAGGGUUGGCAUAAUAGGUUGUGGUGAAAUCACUCAGGUGGCACAUAUUCCGACUCUCUGUUUCCUCUCCGACUUAUUCACCAUCACCUACCUCUGCGAUGUCUCCGCGGCGUGUCUUGCGCACAACGCCCAAAGGGUCGUCAAUCACGUUCCGCAGACCACGCUGGAUCCUUCAGAGCUGUGUGCAUCGCCUCACGUCGACCUGGUGUUCAUAGCCAGCUCGGACGAGUAUCACGCGAUACAUGCCAUCGAGGGUCUGAAACACGACAAACAUGUCUUCAUUGAGAAACCAAUGGCGUUGUGUGAGAAGGAUGCUGAUUCUAUCAUUGCGGCAGAGGCCAACUCAAGAGGCAGAGUUAUGGUUGGCUAUAUGCGCCGGUACGCAGCAGCGUUCUUGGACGCGGUGAAAGAAAUAGGUGGCAUGGACAAGAUCCUUUAUGCUCGUGUACGAGACAUUAUCGGCCCCAACAGUCAUUUUGUGGCCCAAUCAGGUACCUUCCCUAAAGUCUUUACGGACUUGAGCCCCGAAGUCCUUCAAGAUAGAAAGGCUAGGGGUGCAGACAUUAUCCAUGAAGCUCUGUCAGUCGAAUGCGGCGUGCCCGCCACGCCGGAAACAACUAGCAUGUGGCGACUGCUCGGUGGGUUGGGUUCUCACGACCUGUCGGCGAUGCGUGAAGCGCUGGGCAUGCCACAGGCCGUGGUCGGUGCUUCAUUCAACCUGCCUUUCUGGAGUGCGAUCCUACAGUAUCCCUCGUUCUCCUUGACCUAUGAAUCCGGAAUCGACGAGAUUCCACGUUUCGACGCUCAUAUCGAGGUGUAUAGCAUCACAAAAUCAGUACGAGUUGUUUAUGACACCCCUUAUAUCAAGGGCCUGCCAGUUACAAUGCUUGUUCGCGAAAACGUCGACGGAGUGUACAGGGAGACAUCCCUUCGGAGGACAUACGAGGAUCCUUAUACGCUGGAAAUGAAGGAGUUGUAUGGGAUGGUUGUCCAUGGCCAAAGUGUCAAGACGACUGCGGAAGAUGCAAAGGAAGAUUUGCGGAUUUUCCAGAUGAUCAUGAAGGCCGGGUUGCGAUCACAUGCUGGCUCGUGA